CGGCACCUGCUGGUGGCUCCGCCCCCUUCUCAGCUGCUUCUUUCCAGUGUCUCGAAGGAGGAAGGUGCGCGAGGAGGGCAAGACUGGAAUCUGGAUUGGAAUCAAGUUAAGACUGAAAAACAAGCAUUGCUUGGACAUUUCGGGAGGCGUUGAAGAACACCUUGCUCUCCUUAGCAACAUUCUUGUAGGCUGUUGAAGGCACAAGGCAGUGCCUGGUUACGUUUUUGAAAUAUUAACAGUUUUUGCUGGAUGUUGGAGUGUUUUGGUCCAGUUUUCUGAAUGAUUCUUCCUUGCUGCUGUAGCAGGAAUGCAGGACCAGAAUUUGGCAGAAAUGCAUAGCAAUGAGGUGCUUUCUGGACAGUCGUAUUCACAAGAUCUGCCAGCCGAGACAUCUAUCGCCGCUCUCAACAGUGAUGGAGCUCAUGAAUAUUGCGUAAACCAAGCUGGGAAUCUUGAUGAAAGUUUUGAAGUGGAGAAAGUUCAGAAACGUUUUCCUAAUAGCCAGAAUGGCAAUGGAAAUGUGCACGAAACGUCACCGGAGACUUCUUAUGACACCAGCGCAGUGGAAUCCAGCAGUUCAUGGGGUGACUUUGAAGCAUUCAGUGAAGUCAAGUUGGAGAAUGCAAGCGACAGCCCAGAGUCUUUGGGAAAGCUAAGUGAAAAACAAGUUUAUAUGAAUGGGGCCGACCUCAACCACAAGUGCACCACUACCUCAUGGACACAGUGUUUUUCCCAAGUGGCUAGACACAACCGAAAAGAAACUUCAGCUAAUGUUAUGGCUGUCUCCAGUACUGAAGAUGUCAUUAAACGGAGCUUUCCAGACAUUUCAGUACCACAGUUCUUGGAAAAAAUAAGCAGUUUGGAACAAAUACUUCAUGCAAAAACAGAAAACACAGAACCUCCUGAAUGUACAGAGCAACAACUUUGCAUUGACUCGGCAGACGUAUGGAAGACCCUCACCUCUUGCAGUCACCUCUCCAGUUUAAAAUGUCAUCGUAAUGAAUCUCGUCAUCAGAAAAACCUUUUAGCUGUGCUUGGAAUAGAUCUUCAUCAAAAGGUUCUUUCAGAAGGUGAAGAUGAUAUUUUGGAGGAAACCUGCAUGAAAGAAAAGGAAGAUUCCGGUGUUGGUCAAUGUAACGGGAACAUGUGCAAAUCGCUAAUUCAAACCAAGCUUUCUGUAUCCCCUGAUGCAAGACGGAGUCAUCUCUUCACAUAUAACCUCUUCGUAAAGAAAACCCCAUCCACUGGAAUUAUGCAAUAUAUAACUGUUCCCCAAAAGAAGAGGAUUUUUACCACACAAAGCCUAAGGAUGAAAAUGUUUAGCAGCAACAUCUGUUAAUACAAAUAUGUGUCAUUUGUCUUUUUAAUUCCUUAUAACCUAUUACUAACCUUCAUCCAGAAAAAGCCUCUGAAAAGAUGUUUCACUCCAAGGUUGUGGCUGCAAUGUAACUCAUGACACUGUCAAGAGGCGCACAGGAUUCAUGAUAUUUGAUGAACUACUAGGGGCGUAUUGAAGUGUUUGUGGUGCUAACUCACUCUUGCCAUGUGAAAUAGCCUUACGGGACUGAAGAGCCUAUCCCCAACUUUUCUAGCUAUGGCCAGGAUUAACAUGUGCUUUUGGUGUGCCUUGCCACCUUCCUUUCACUCACAUGUUCUUACAAACCCUGACAGCCUUUACUUGUUGCCCCUGCCUAUCUUUUUACUGAUCCCUACUCUUAGGAGUUGCCUUUUAUUUUGUAAACAUGGGUCUUCAUUACAUUAAUUUGCAACUGAACUGACUUUCUGUAUAACUUAUGGGAAGAUGAUUUGAUACUUACUUAUUCUUACAUUCUUGAUUGUGCUCUUCAUUUAACUGAGGAGUAAAAUACAGUCAGCCCUCCACAUUUGCUGGGGUUAGGCACACAAGACUUCCAUGAAAGCAAAGAACUGCAAAUAACAAUUUUAUUGUAUUUUUUUCACCUGAGAGAACAUCUAAGAAUCUAUAGGUUUUUCAUAUCAUAGAAUUGUAGUGGAGACUUAGAGAGGUAUUCUCCCUAGGAAUCUCUAGGUCAGUGGUUCUCAACCUGUGGGUCCCCAGGUGUUUUGGCCAGUUUACUAGCUGUUAGGAUUUCUGGGAGUGGGGACUCACAGGUUGAGAACCACUGCUCUAGGUCUUUCUGGCAGAUUCUAUUAUCAGUUUCUAGCAGAAGUUGACCAUUGACCACAGAGUUGUACUGGAGGACCUAAAGAUUCCUAGGGAGAACACUUAAAUCAACUCUACCAAAGUGAAUGGCUGACUAUCUGAUUCAGUGGUGUUCUAAAACUGAUACUCCUGAGCAGUUCAAAUAAUUUUAUUUCUAACGUGAUAGCACAGGUGAAUUGGCCAGUAGUGUUGGCAUUACAUUAAAAAGCUCUAGGACCAAUAUAUGGUCGAAGGCUUUCAUGGCCGGAAUCAUUGGGUUGUUGUAGGUUUUUUCGGACUAUAUGGCCAUGUUCUAGAGGCAUUCUCUCCUGACGUUUUGCCUGCAUCUAUGGCAAGCAUCCUCAGAGGUAGUGAGGAACUUCACUACCUCUGAGGAUGCUUGCCAUAGAUGAAGGCGAAAAUCAGCAGCUGUCAACUCUGUCAGCAGCUUGUUCUAUCCAGCUCAGUGCCUACGAAUUCUACAGCCAGUACUUUUGAAAAAACAAAGGUUUCAGCCAUUUUAUAUUUGGGAAAAGAGGCACUGCUGUCCUUUCUGAAUGAUGUGACUAGCACUCUCUUGCAGUGUAGUGAAAAUAAAGAGUGAUGGUCACAUUUCAAGUCACUGGUACGAGUUCAGUGAAGUUUGCAAAGCCAUUUAAACUAACGAUUUGGGUGUAAAUUAGGAAGCAUCGGUUAAACUUCAAAAGAAGCUUCUCCAGCCUCUUCCCUGGAUCAUUUAUGACCCUUUUGUUGAACAUUCCUCUUUUUUCUAUACAAGGGAUCCAGGCCACAUCAUGUAAGUCCCACAAAGUCUUGAAGUAAGUGAAGGGUAACUCCUUCAACUCUGCACAGAGCUCAAAUGCAUCCACCAAAUAAGAUCUGGGAUUGGUGGAAAGUUAUUACAGUCAGCCCUCCACAGUGGUGGGUUUAACUAUUGCAGAUUUGAUUUGCUAAUGUUUCCUCUGCUGCUGCACAGAUGUGUUUCCAGUGCUUCUCUCCACCGAGGAAGACCAAUCCAUCUGUGCAGAAGAGAAAUGAAGGCAUUGAGUGAGGAGGCCUUGGCUGAUGAGUGGGCAGAUAGAGUCAAAAGGCCCCUUGGGGGUAAAAGGGAGGCUCACCAUAGGUUUUCCUUACCCACAAAGGAUCUUCCUGUGGUCCUGGACUGCAAAAGUGGGGACUGAUGGAAAUAGAUGUGGCUGUCUCACAUCUUCAGAAGAAAUCCUGAGAUGGUAGCUGUGACUUUCUGUGCUUUCCCUUCCAUACCUCUGGCUAACUAGUGAUGCCAGCUACAGGAAAGCCAUGACUUAAACCCCAUGUCCAUUCCUCUGAAGUGGAGAUGGAUUGGGAAGAGCAGUGGUCUGGGAGUGGGAUUAAAGGAGGUAUGGGCUGGGGAAGGGGACUGAAAGGGUCAACAAUUACACUAUAGGAGGCUUUUGCAGCACCUCAUCAUCUGAGGUGAGGAUGCCAGAGGGCAGUAGAGAGAGCCUCAGAGUGAGAGAGUUAAGUUCUCUACCUCUCCCAUAUCUGUAAAUAACAACAUAAAUAAUGCAAGUGGAUUAUCUGACUCAUGUUUUAUAAUUAUAUUAGCUUGCAAUUAAGUUUGUGAGCUAUAUUAAGAGCAGGAAAUCCUCUAAGGGGGGUUCCUUCUAAGAAACAUGCAUUCUAACAUCAUCUGGAGAGUUACGACUCCUCUUUUCUGGCUCAGCAUGACCAGGAAUGAUAGGGACCACAGUUGGACGCUACUUGGAGUGCCACAAUUUCGCCCCUCUUCUAAAGCCUUCUAGUCCAUCUUCCUGGAUCAUUACUUGCUUGUGUUGGCCUGGCCCAGACAUUUUUCUUGUCUGACAAGACAAGUGACAAGGGUAAGAAUUUGUCCUAGCACUGCAGUAAAUGCCAGUAUAAAUGGGGCCUAGUUUAUACUCUUAAGCUUAAUUUAAGAGCUUGUAGGUUGUUCUACAGUAAAACCUGUUUGACAGUGUCAACAAUUUAGGAUAAACAGUUUUGUGUAUUUAUUACUCAUUUUAGAGCAAUAGUUCAGUGAAACUUCAGCUGCCUUUGGGCAUCGACAGGCUUUUAAAGUGUGUGGUGGAAAAACACAAAGUAAGGAAGUCAUGUCUCUGCAUGUAUACAAAGGCCUCUAAAUGGACAGAUUUUAAGUUUGAAUAAUACAGACCUCCUAUAGAACAUUUGACAAGAACUUACCAAGUCUGCACUGAUGUUUUGUAACACUGCCUUUAAUAAAAUAUUCACAGUACAGAGUC